CGUCAGUUCGUCGAAAUGACGAAGGCUCGUAUAGAAGGGCUUUUAGCCGCAUUUCCUAAACUAAUGACUGGUGGGCGACAACAUACAUUCGUCGAAACUGAAUCUGUCAGAUAUGUUUACCAACCAUUGGACAAACUGUAUAUGCUGCUUAUAACAACAAAAGCUAGCAACAUUUUGGAGGAUUUGGAAACACUGCGGCUCUUCAGUAGAGUGGUACCUGAAUACUGCACCCAACUCACUGAAGCUGAGGUGCUGAACCAAGCAUUUAAUCUUUUGUUUGCAUUUGAUGAAAUUGUAGCACUUGGAUACAGGGAGAGCGUAAACUUGGCUCAGGUACGAUCAUUUGUCGAGAUGGAUUCACACGAGGAGAAAAUCUACCAAGCUGUGCGACAGACUCAAGAGCGUGAAGCAGCAAAUCGUAUGCGGGAACGUGCGAAGGAGCUUCAAAGAGAGCGUUUGGAGGCAGCCAAACGCGGACAACCUCCACGCUCACAGACUGGAUUCGGAAGUGGAUUUGGAAGCUCUUCUAUGUCAUCGUCAGCUGCCUCUGAACCCAUCACUGAGAAAAUACCAACAACGCCUGUUCGGGAAACGCGCGCCGCCACCCGCUCGGCGAUGAAGCUGGGCGGGCGCGGCGCGGACGCGGACACGUUCGUGUCGCGGCUCCGCAGCGAGGGCGACUCCGCGGCGGCCGCGGGCGCCCCCGCCAAGGUCGAGAAGGCUCCCACCGCCACUAAUAAUAAGGACGUUCAUUUGAGAUUUGAAGAAAGAUUGAACCUAACAGCGGGUCGAGAUGGAGACAUUCAGAACUUCGAACUUUCUGGAUUGUUGACACUGCGUAUUACCAACGAGCAGUUUGGUAGAAUCCACGUUCACGUCGACAAUAAAGAUACAAGACCAUUGCAGCUACAGACCCACCCGAACGUGGACAAGGAGGCGUUCCGGUCGGACGGCCUCAUCCGCCUGAAGCAGGCGCAGCGGCCCUUCCCGCUGCACAGCGACGUGGGCGUGCUCAAGUGGCGCCUCGCGCACGCGCCCGCCGACGACCGCGCCGCGCCGCUGGCGGUUAAUUGUUGGCCGUCCGAAGGUGCGAAUGGCGGAUGUGAUGUCAACAUCGAAUAUGAACUUGAACAAGACCAUUUAAUUCUUUCGGAUGUCUCCAUCGUAAUACCUUUGCCAACCGGCAACCCAUCAGUGGUAGUACACCAAUGGGAAGGAACUUAUACACAGAAAGGACGUAGCAUCAUCUGGAAUAUUCCAGUGAUAAACAAACAACAGAAAACUGGAACUCUAGAAUUUACAGUCUCUCCUGCCAUCCCUAACGACUUCUUCCCUCUAAGCGUGUCGUGGACGUCAGACACAUCACUAGCGAUGCUCACCGCUACUAAAGUGACUCAGGCGGAAGACGGUUCAGCCGUUGACUUCUCUCAGGAAAUAAGUUUUCAUCCCGAUAAAUAUGAAAUUGUUUGAAAUAUACUUUUUUGCUGUUAUAAAUUCCAUGUAUGAUUAUGAUAACUUUAAUAAAAAUAAUUAUAGUUUUAUUUUCUAUUAUUACAGACUUCUUUCGAAGCUUUUAUAAAUUAAGGUUAAAUAUAAUAUGUGAAUAGAUUUAUCAAUGAUAGGCGUAUCAUAUUUAUAUGAUAAAAAUACGAUGUAAAAUUAGUUUCAAAAAACAAAAUAAUAAACAAAAGUAUUUUAAUAAUAUUCCCAUGCAAGAUUUACAUUAUGUGAGCAUUUUCUUAAUAUUUUAUUUCAAAUAUUGGAUUUAUUUAUAGUGUUUAUAAGUAAGCUGUAAAGUGGCAAUAAAAAAUAUAAAUAAAA